CGAAAUCGAACUUAGAGUAGGUAGUUUACAAAUCCGAGUCGGAGCGCUCCUAAAAAAUAUUCUACCGCUUUGCGCGCGCGUGUAACUCCUGCUGGCUCUGGAUGCUGCCGUUCUGUGCGAAAUCUUGCGUUUAUUGUGGUGUUAUUUACUGCUGGAGGCAGUAGUGGUGCUUGACAGCUGAUGCCAAGAACGACGACUUGUUGAAUAGAUUUUUCUUAUUUUUUGCUGAGUAACACGGCAAUAAUUAUUAUGUCUUAUGGACGGCCAAUUUAGAUACUUUUUUACUUAAAAUCUGGGACUCAAACCACAAAAAAGGUCAUGGCAGACAAUGGUAACAAAUUCAUAAAAUGCCUGAGAAAAAACCUUUUGACCAUCCUCACUGUUGUGGGGGUUUUUGGUGGCACCGCCGUAGGCCUCCUUAUUAGAGCCACUUCCAGCAGCAAAUGGACGAGCAGAGAAAUUAUGUACUUGGCAUUUCCAGGAGAGCUUUUUUUGAGAACCCUUAAAGCCUUAAUUAUACCUCUGUUGAUGGCCUCAGUUAUCUCCGCUAUUGGCUCGUUGGAUUUGAGUUUGUCCAAGAAAAUUGCCUUAAGAUCAAUAAUGUAUUAUUCUACAACAACCGUCUGUGCAGUAGUUCUAGGGAUUUUUUUAGUGGUGGCUAUACGUCCGGGAGAAGGAACUGUACCAUGGAAACCCGUUGAUGAGGAUGAUACUGGUAGAGUACUUACUAGACACGUGCUUACCCAGGAUACUUUGUUGGAUUUGAUCAGAAACUUUUUUCCUCCGAAUUUGGUCCAGGCUUGUGUGGGUCAGUCUCAAACAUUUCUACAUGAACCGAAUGUCUACACACUAUAUAAAAGAGGCCAUGAGGCUACAAUCCGUAGCAUCGUCGGCAAUUCAAGCCUAGAUUCAGAAUCAAAAAGUGCAAUUUUCGACUCUUUAUCCGCACCAGAUCAUAAAAGACGAUUGAACGAAUCUUUGCUCAAAGGAUUGCUGAAGAUUAAAUAUAAUAGUACACACUAUGGAGACGUGGAGCUAGAAGAUAUUUAUCCAGCAGAAAGAUGGAAAUUCGAAGAACGCUACGAAAGUACUACGAAUGUUUUGGGCCUAGUGACUUUUUCGAUUGUCUUUGGAAUAGCUAUGGGCCAGUUAGGCGAAAAGGGAAAAAUCUUGUUGCAGUUUUUUCAUGCUUUAAGCGAGGCUAUGAUGAUUAUAACCAGCUGGGUCAUUUGGUUGUCACCUCUAGGAGUCUUUUUUUUAGUCGUUGCCAAAGUUCUGGAGAUAGUCAGUUUUGCUGAUUUAGUUGGACGAUUGGGUCUCUAUUUUUUUACGGUACUUCUAGGACUGUUUAUACAUGGAUUUGUUACUCUUUCAAUUAUUUAUUUUGUCAUGUUACGACGGCUUCCUUUUAAAAUUAUCGGACAACUGAGUCAGGUUUUGGUAACUGCUUUUGGCACUGCUUCGAGCUCAGCAACAAUGCCAAUCACAAUCCAAACCAUGGAUAGAAUGGGCUUGGAUCCACGAGUAACCCGUUUUGUAAUUCCCAUUGGGGCAACAAUUAACAUGGACGGUACGGCUUUGUAUGAGGCUGUGGCCGCUAUUUUUAUUGCGCAACUGAACAAUAUAUCAUUAGGUUUUGGCAAAACUGUGGCUGUAUGCCUUACAGCUACAGCCGCAAGUAUUGGAGCUGCAGGAAUUCCACAAGCAGGGUUGGUUACAAUGGUUAUGGUUCUGGAUACUGUUGGUUUACCAGCCGAUGCCGUCAUUAAUAUUAUCGCUGUUGAUUGGCUACUGGAUCGUUUUCGCACCACCAUAAACGUAAUGUGCGACUGCCUAGGGGCCAAGCUUGUAGAUCUGCUCAGCGUGGGAGAGCUGGGAGGAGAAACGAUCAACACUAAGGAUAGAUUAAACGCCGAGCCUCAUGAGUUGACGGAAAUGACCAAAACUGCUGAUCAACAUAUAUAAUGUUUUUUAAUAUAUUUCGACUUGUAAUUUUUGAUAAACAUGCUCCGAGGCUUGAUAAUUAUUAGUUGAAAUAUAUUUUUUGGAUAUGUACUACCGUUUCUGCGUAACCGUUUAAUCAGAAACUUGUUGAGUUAAGCCGCAUUGUACCGCAACCAAGAUUGGAAACAGUACCCAGUGCCAAACUCACUCGGCGUCUGUUGAGUUAACUGAUAUUGAAAAAAAUGUUUGAGCGGUCUGGCUUUUUAACUUUUUCCGAUUUUUCAUUUCAAUUAUUCAAUUAGUUAUUAAAUGCUAAAUACCUACUUUUUGUAAUGUACACUCAUUUCUAAAACAAAUAGAAACCAGCUUUUAAUUUUGAAUAGGUACACAACCAAAUUUUCACUAGAAUAUCCUAUUGAAGUUCAAAUCCUAUCCUAUAAUAUAGCCAUCUGACAAUAUUAAAUACAUUGUACGUAUAGGUUGGUAUCAUGAAUUUCUGUGGUAUUUCGCAAAGAGUUAAUUAAUUAUUUCCCGCCAAAAUUGAGUUACAAAUUCUAUAAUUUAAUUAUGGGUUAGACCAUCUGUAAUCAACAGCACAUUUUUCAGGCAUCUUUGGUAAGAGCUUUUUACUAAAAACCUAAUUUUCGGUCCAGUUGAACCAAAAUCAAAUUUUAGCUGAAAUGGCCGAAAUGAGUUUGAUAAUAGGGAGUUUUCGUUGCUCUUGAAUAUUUCAACGCUACGGUUAACAAAUACGUAGCCAUAGCCGCUAUUCGACAGAUAAAAAAAACAGUUUUCGCAGCAAGAAACGAGACCCGCUUACCGUUACCGUAAACUAUAACUCUAACCCCAGCAAAAAGUCGAGUGAAAUUGACAGAGUACUUAGCCCUCAGCCUUGUUUUAAUGUGUUUUUUGCAUUUCUUUUUUCUGUUUGGUUAUCAUAUAGAUUUAUUUUACUACUAUUUUUCUGUACAUUUUCCUACAAACUGAUGGACGAAUUAAUUUUAUUGGACUCCAGGGAUGAUUCAGAUUCUGACUUUGAAGAGGCAAUCUUGUUGGAAGUGAGGGAAAACAACAUAAAAUACAGAGGCGAUCUUUUAGGGAGGUUCAACCUAGAUUUGUGGUCAGAAAACGAGUGUAAAGUUAAUUUUCGCCUCGAAAAAAAAACAUAUCUCGAGAUUUGUAGAAGUACUCAGAAUUCCGAACAAUAGAGAUUCCACAUAAAGUUGGUUAGUAAAGUUAGUGAAAUGUGUCACCUUCCUGUGUAAAACAAACUCUGCUUCUUUUUAUUAUUAUCAAUACACUACAUGAGUUUGUAUUGGAACCCAUUUUUGGGAACUUUUGGGUCAACUUGACAACUUGUCACUUGAAUUAAGGUUAUGAUUUUUUUUUAUUUGUGUACUGCGCAUGCGUUUUGCUCCGUUAACGGCUGUGUGUCUACCGUCCGUACAAUACCGGCAUUUAGCGAUUACGAUAUACAACAAACAAGAUUCGAAUGUCAAAGUUGUCAAAUAGCGUUAACCGGAAUCGCAUUUUGUAAGCAACGAAAACUCCCUAUUAAUGUUACAAAGAAAUAAAUAAUUAAUUUAUAUACUUAUACGGUAGGAAUACUUGUAUAUAACUUUGGGUUUUAGGCAUUAAUGGCAACUAAAAUAGGACCUACUCUUGUUCCAAAUUGGACAAAAAUAUUUGAAUUUUCGAAACUUCGCACGCUCAGUCGGCAUCACUGCGUUUUCCUGAUGUCGCAUUGCGCGAUUGAAAACAUCUGUCGCAGCGCCGUCCUAAAAGUUCGAAACUACUGAAAAUCCUGAAUAUUCGAACAAAACAGCUGGUUGUUCAUUUCUGUACUUAUUUCGUGAAUAUUUUUUGGUUGGAUGAGAUAAAUGGAUCUCUCCCAGUGUUAAAUCCCAAUUGGCGCAUCUAUGUGCUAUCGACCAUCUUGAAAAAUGCUUUUCAUCAAAUAUAUUCCAAACGGCUUUUCGUUCAAAAGAUUGACGCUCUAUCAUUUCAUUGAAAAAAAUCAAAAAAAAUCACACUGUUUGGCAAAUAUUUAUUGAAACGAGGGGGAAAUGUAUCAAUAAUUAUUAUUAUUCCCAACCAAAAAACAAAUUUAAGGAAUUAAGUCUUUCGAGAUUCUUUCUUCCUAUCGGAUUUUGUAAAGUUUUGGUCUUGAAAGCUGUACGUACAAUUGAAACGAAAAUAUAUUUAAACGAUAUCAAUUCAUUUGUAAAUAUCAUAAUUCUAGUCUAAUUAAACGUGCUAGUAAAAUAAGUGAAUAAUUGUCUGGAGGGCUCGUUAAAUUUAGUCAGAAUUGGAAAUACCUGCCGUAUUUGAAUUUCUUAAAGAAAAUGUACGUAGUUUAUUGAUGUGUAUUCGAAUGAAAACAUAAGUUUAGAUUCUAGUGUUAUUGCCCAAAUAACAAAAAAUAAAUACUGAUAUUUUUGAACUUAUAGGUACCGUAUUAUAGAAAGUGUAUCGAGUAUUAUUAUUAUUACUUAUUUGGGACCAAGUUUUUGUUUAAUGUUUUAGUAAUAAUUUUAUUUAAGAUACUGCCAAUGGUUUUCUGCGUGAAAAUGUUUUUCUCUAUGGUCAUUUUGUUUUUGUUUUUACAAUAAAUUUGAAAAUAAACUUAGUCGGUAAAAAAAUCUAGUUAUUUUAUCAGUUUUCCCUAGAAUGUUGAUGGAUAUUCGCCACCAUUUACAAAUGUUCACUAUGAGAGAAAAACUCCUUGGAUAAUAAACACAUAAAUUAAAAUACAUAGGUACAUUAUCAUCGAGGUGGCAACAGCACCCCGCUAUUUUUCUGGUUGCCUAUCCUGUGAGAAAGGUCUUGCAUUGGAUAAUUUUGCUUGGCUGUUUGUUAUAAUUACAUGUGAUUCUGCUUCAAACCCAGUAGGUACAUUUUUAUAUGAGCUUUUAGUCAUAAAUAAGCCAAAGAAUUACCUCCUUCAAUAACGACAGGAUAUUAAGGAACACCCCUUACCGCCAGAACAAAAAUUUCUCGCAUGGCAGAGUUUGGAAAUUAUUUUCAGGGAACUACCUAUAGCGUGAAUACAAUUCUGAAUCUUUGUAGAUCUUCUAUUUUUCUCAUUCUUCCGAGUAAUGAAAUUGUGAAAUAAGCCUAGAAGUAAAAUCGUAUGCUCCUAUGGAAUCCAUAAUUUGGAUUUAUCACGAUUAAAUUUCAAAUUUUUUCACAUUUGAUUUUAUUAAACACAGAGUAAGUAAAAAAAUGUUAAACAAAAUUAGUAACAAAAACCUUCUAAAAAAUUAUUCGAAUUUAGACAUUUGGAUUCGGGUCUUGUAUAUGCUGAUAAAUUGUAUCGUCAAUGCUUAUUUUUCUGCGCAAUUUUUCCGGUAAUUCUCUCCAAAUUUCUUCUCGAAGGUUAUCUAAAAAUAGGUCUUUAGUGAAAGAUAAUAUCUACAAGAAUCCAAAACAAACCAUUGCAUCUAUAAGCCAAAUCCGACCAAAUUAUUUGCUCCUGUGAAAAGCACAACACCCCCAAUCGUCCACCUCGAAGUCUAUCGUUAAAAAGAUUUCCUGAAUCAGCGACCAUAUGCUCCCCUUCGAAAAUCUUCAGCCUUAUAAGACCAAUUUUUGGUCUGUGUAUCAAAAACCAUCUGUAAGAAGUCCUCUCUUUCCAGCCGACAUUUCUCGGAUCAAUCCACAAAAGUUUCACUUGGUUUUUGGUGUCUCCAGUAUGCCAUAAAGAAUUACGUAAAAAUGUUCCAGGGCCAGUUUCCGAUUGAACGAGUUUCACUUGAAUUCCUGGUUCUGCUACAGCCCGAAAUGGUGUAGGCUGCCAAUAGGUUUGUUGAUUCUUUUUCCACAUCACUGUAUAGAAAUUUCGAUUGUCUUGAUAGCUGAAUAUAAAGCCUACAUAAUCGUCAUCAAUAUCAGUGUCAACGAAAAAUGUUCCUUCAAAAUCUACGCCUUCUAAUACAUCAUGGCCUACAGCCAACCCUGGAUCGCUGUUCAUUGUUUGUACAAUUUCUGCGCCAUGGUUAUAGAUUUCCCAAUUAGGAUCUAUUUGAGAAUCUCCUUCGGGGUCGAGGACUACAGUUUGGAAUUUACUAAAGUCGGUCCUGUAAAUUAGGGAAUUGUUGGGACAAUUAUCAUAGAUGUUGUCAAUGGCGUCACCGUCGUAGUUUUUUUGACAUAUGUCCCCA